AAAGGGUCAAUUACAGUAUAACUUGGGUCCUUCUUUGCUUGUCCCUGAUCUCUCAUAUUCUCUCUUCUUUCUUCUCUUUUCUUCACUGAUCUCUUUGAUCAUGGGUUCGAGUUUUCAUUACAGUAUAGAUCUCAAUGAAGAUCAAAUCGACCAACCUUUUUUCUCUCCUCUUGGAUCCUCUCUUCAUCAUAACCACCAUCGAUAUCAUGAUGAUGACGAUCAUUUAACUCCUUGGAAUCUCUCUUCUUCAUCAUCUUCUUUGACUGCACCAUCUCUUUCUCACCUCCCUUUCUUGAUCAACUCUCACCAAGAUCAAGUACAUGUUGGGUAUAACAACAACACUUUUCAUGGUUUUCUUGAUCCCUAUCUCUCCCAAUCCCUCGAGACCAAGAAGUUUGUCUCUAAUGAUGGUGGAUCACCAUCAAGCGAUCAAAUGGUGCCAAAGAAGGAGACACGACUAAAAUUGACAAUACUGAAGAAAGACAGGCAUCAUGAUCAUGAACAGGUGAAACUGAUGAAGAGGAAGACGAUGAUCAAGAAAACCUCGGCAAACCAGUACAAUAUUAUUGUUAACGAGACUGGUUAUAACGGAAGCAACAAUUGCGUAAUUAGGAUUUGUUCCGAUUGUAACACGACCAAGACUCCUCUUUGGAGAAGUGGUCCGAGAGGUCCCAAGUCUCUAUGUAAUGCGUGUGGGAUAAGGCAAAGGAAGGCGAGGCAGGCCGCUAUGGCAGCUGCAGGCGCAACCACAAACUCUGAGUACUUGUCACCACCCCUCCUGAAGAAAAAGAUGCAAAGCAAGAACAAGAGAUCAAAUGAAGUUAGCAAUCUCUAUUCUUCUUUGGCUCCAAAGGUAAAGAAAUGUAAGAGCACGAAUACAUCGAUGGAGCCCGUAAGAUCCGGAUAUUUGGAGAACCAAGGCAAAUCCACUAUGUCGUCUUCCUCGACAUCUUCCUCUUCAAACAAGUUUUAUUCUGAUGAUCUAGCGAUGAUGUUGAGAAAAAGCUCAGCUUAUCAGCAAGUUUUUCCUCAAGAUGAGAAGGAGGCUGCCAUUUUACUAAUGGCUCUAUCGUACGGAAUGGUUCACGGGUGAUCCUUAUUUUUAUUAAAAUGCACUCUUCUUUAAGAAAUCAGGGAAUGAUUUUUAUAAACUAUGUCUUAAUCCCUCAUAUACUUGAUUAAAUUUUUUUUUUUUUUGCGCUGAUAGAUUAAUAUCAGUCAGCCCAACUUUGAUAGUUUUUAGUAUUGAGAGUAUUAUGUAUGAGUUGGAUAUUCCGAUAAUGCGGAAGUUCUUGAUUUUUCA